CUGUGACAAUGGAAGGAACAGCGUUUAGUCCUUGUUUGGAAGGAAUGAAUCAUAUCAAGUCUGAUAAAGGGGACUUGAUGACCAAGCCUUUCUUGGACGUCUGCAAACUCAUAUUGCCUGUUCUAGAUAAAUUCGGAGCUGCUAUGACUGUAGUGAAAUCUGAUAUCAGUGGUAAUAUAACGAGGUUGGAAUCUAAAUAUUCUAGCAAUGCAUCCAGAUUCAACUACUUGUACAGUUUGGUACAAGCUGAAGUUGAAACAAAAACAGCAAAAUCAUCAUCAAGUUGUACCAAUGGUCUGCUUUGGUUGACAAGAGCGAUGGAUUUCUUGGUGGAACUGUUUCGAAACGUACACGACCAUCAAGAUUGGCCCAUGGAAAAAGCUUGUACAGAUUCUUAUGGCAAGACUUUGAAGAAAUGGCAUGGCUGGCUUGCUAGUUCAAGUUUUACUGUUGCUAUCAAACUUGCUCCGGAUAGAAAGAAGUUCAUGGAAGUAAUAGGAGGCACUGGGGAUAUCUAUGCUGAUAUGGAGAAGUUCUGCACAACUUUUUCACCUUUUCUUGUAGAGAUCCACAAGUUUCUGGCUAGUGUUGGCUUGGAUAACAUGAAAGCUUCAUGA